AUGCCACCAACCGCCAUCACGGGCUUUAGCUUCCAGACCAUUUCCGGCCGCCCGGUCACGGAUGCACGCAUUGUAAAGUCCAUGGGCCUACGUCCCGUGCCCGCGUAUACCCCAGACAGCUCGCCGCGCCUGUCGUGGCUCAACUCAAGCAUGUGUCUCAUGGACCUGCUGGAGCGCCAGAUUGCUUGCGGUGGUGACCUCUUAGCAGCUCGCGACAGCCUUAUCGACCAGACGCCCUGCUCUGUCACCGAGCCGACGCCAACGUGCGCAGGGACGCUGACGCGCUCUCCUCCCUGUAACAACCUGGAGGACUACUCGCAGCUGCUGCCCGAAGAGAACCAUCCUCCGGUGUUCGUGGCGCCGGAGCCAUCGUUUCAGUGCGAGAACUCACCUCUGUUCGAUGUAUCACCUGCCCUAGGCAUGCACGCACGCAACGACACGGAUUCAAGCUACACCAACAUGCGACUUGGUGCAGGGAGUGGCUUCGAGCGCGGCAUCUCGGACCUGAUCGCCGCAGUCUAG